AUGGAUAGACAACAAAUUGCCUCUCAUAACAUAAUUUCCGAGAUUAUUAACCUCAAAAAAAAAUUCAGUUCCAGUGAGAAUAUUGAGAUUGUUCAAGAAAUUCAAGAGGGCGUUAGGAAGAUCGAUGAGCAUAUGAACAAAAAAAGCGAACAAUAUAAGAAUGAAUUAAGAGCUUUAGGUAGAAAAUUAAAAACUUUAAAGAAUAGCUUCAAGAGACCAACUGAACAAAAUGAGCGUGAUUUCAAUGAUCUCAUCACAAAACAUGAACGAGAAAAAUAUAAUUUAAAUAAAUCCAUUGAUAGUUUGAAAUCACUUGAUAACUUACAAAAAGAAUUGGAAGAAUUAGUAAAUAUCGAUAUCGAAAAUGCCUUUUUACCAAAAAAUGAUUCUACUUCUCUUCAACUUCAUAUUUAUCGUUCUUUGGGUAUUCAAUUCAUUGAAGAUCCCAACACACAUAAAUUGAAAACACGAAUUGAAGCACCAAAUGAUAUUCAUACAGUAAUAGUGGAUGAUAGACAUACACAACAUUUCAUGGCAAAUUAUUUAUGGGAAUUAGCAACUGGUUCUUAA